AAAAAAAUGCUAAGUUAGAUAACAGCUUUACUUUAUGUUUACUGUAAGGAAGAGAAAGGUGAACAAAAUUAAGAAAGAUUUACUUAUUAUUGUAUGUUGAUAGUGUUUAUUAAUUUUUUGGGAUUAUUUUUAAAUACCUUUGAAUAAAAUCCAAAAACAAAAGAGAAUUCAUUAAAAAUCAUUGUGGAAUUAAUUUGUUCUUUAUUGGGAUUGAUUUCAAUAUUGACUUACUUUUUUUAUUAUUUUAUGGAGUUUUCAAUGGCUAGUAUGUAAAUGCUAAUCGGAUUGAUAUUAAUAUGGUUAAUUGAAUGUUCCCUUUAUUAUAUAUUAAGUGAUAAAGGAUUAUAGAGUAUGCUAAGUUUAUUUAUAACAACAAAUGUAUUAUUGAUAAAUGGAGAAAUUACAUUAAAAGGAACUGGAUAAUAUAGUGUAAACAAUAUAUAUAUAAUUUAGAAUUUAUUUGAUUACAGUUCAAUUAAUUUGAUAGUGUUAUGUGCUCAAUUUUCUUGGGCAGGAGUGCCUACGAUUAAAAAAACAAAUAGUCUUUUUUAUAUAAUUUCAAGAUAGGACUGUUUUAGAUUGAUGGUAUAUUUUUUAUUAUUCAAUCUUUUGAAUAAUACAAUUAAAGCAGUAAUUGAGAAUAUUUAUGCAAUUGUACCAACUCUUAUAACAUUGAUACCAUAUAUUUGGGCUACAACAAAAUUUAGUCAAAGAAGAUUCAAAUAAGCAUUUGGAUUAUUUCUUUUUAGUCUUUUAGUUUACUUUUCAACAGAAAUCUAUAUAAAAUAAUAAUGGUAACUACAAUAAUCAAAUAUAUAAACAGAUUAAGCAAUUUAACUAUGAC